AUGAAGCUAUUCGCGAUAUUACGUUUAUUCAUUCUCAUUUUACCGUGUGUAUUCCAGCAAGUCGGCGCUAGCUCGCCGACUACUGCUCAACGGCUAGAAGACGCGUCGCAAUGUGCCAUCAAAUGUUUCUCGCAAUUCGUUGAUGAGCCGACAUUUUCGACAGACAACAAAGAGCGAAUAUGCGAUGAUCACAGACUCAGCAAUACGGUAGCCAGCUGUAUCCACACAGCAUGCCCGAUACGAGACUUAUUCGAUUUUCUCAAGCUUGAGCAGACAAAUUGCGGCAGACCAGAGCUCGACAAUGAUCACAACAUUAGGGGUAUCAAUUACACGAUCCUUGGCAUAGCGGUGUUUUCUAUCGUCCUUCGAACUGUCACGAAAUCGUAUCGCUUUUCACAAUGGGGUGCUGACGAUUACCUCAUCAUCGCGGCCUCGGUCUUUACUGGAGUUCAAUGCAUCAUUAUGGGCUUGAUGACAUUUGCAGGCUUGGGCCGGAAUAUCUGGACACUGGACGACAGUACGAUUACCACGUUCCACAUAUACCUCCUCGUCGUUCAAUACGCCUACGUCCUAAGUCUCUGUCUCAUCAAACUCUCAAUACUGUAUUUCGUCCUCCGAACAUUCCCAGACCCAAAAUUCAGAUUGAUCAUCAAGUGCACCAUCGCCUUCAACAUCGUCACGACUAUCAUCGUCACCAUAUGCGGCGCACUGCAGCGACAGCCAAUUCACUUGCUCUGGGAUGGAUGGAAGGAGUAUCCACCUCGCGGGAUCACACUCAAUAUCCCUGCAAUUAUCUUCUUUCACGCUGGCGUCAACAUUGCUCUUGAUAUUUGGAUGUUUGCGCUGCCAUUGACGCAAUUGUAUUCUCUGGGGCUUCAACCAAAAAAGAAGGCUGGCGUUAUGGUGAUCUUUGGCGUUGGAAUAUUUCUCAUUGCAGCCAGCUGUAUCCGCAUCCCUUAUCUACUCGAUUUCACAAGAACAUUGAACGCAUCAUCCGACGCACAAGGCUUCGUCGUAUGGUCCAAUAUCGAAAGUGGGGUAGGCAUCUUGGUAGCCUGUAUGCCUCACAUGCAGCCAAUCUUCCGCGCUAUCGCAGCACGAGCACGGUCAUGGAACAUUCUACCCAAAAGCUCGAGCAGUAGCACAGAGGGAAUUUUUGUUCAAAGAUCUCUGGCGACUAUCAAGAUGUCGCGGACUGAUGGAACUACUUUGGUUGAACCGGAUGACUUGGUCCUGCAUGAUACGGGGGGUUUGUUGAGCGAACCUAGUCCGGCGAAGGUUGAUAGAAAGUUUGGGAGUGUGAGCGAGACAGGGACAUCCAGAUGA